UCCUCCGGCACUCGGGGGUUCAUUUUUUUUAUUCCGUCUUACCUGGUUUCACUCAUGAACGAGCAAUCACACGGAAUAAAAAAAUGAAUUAGGUCACCGGUAUUAUCGAGUCUAACAUUGCAAAGUCGGGAGAACAGUCGAGUGAAGCGUCCAAAUUGUCCAUUGUGAUAAACAAAUUGUGGGUGAUUCAUAUGCAGAAAUUUUUGACAAAGCGCAAAACAUGGCUGAGAAUUUGGGUAAACGACCGUCGAAGGGAAUUUUGAAGACUUCGAGUAGUUUUGACAGCCACGAGGCACCCAGACCUAAUAAAGAAACAAAAUGGGAUGAGAUGAAUAUAAUUGCAACACUACAUCCAGCGGAUAAGGAUUAUGGCCACAUGAAGAUUGAAGAGCCCAAAACUCCGUAUAAUUACGAGGGUUUUGAUAAUAAACACGAGGAUGAUGAACUGGACUCUUCGGUUAUCACUGACAAACUUGCCAAGAGCAGCAAACCGAAGAUAUUCGAGGAAUUGAGUGACGAGGAGGAUGAGGAGACUCCAGAGGAACGAGAGAAACGAAAAGCAUUCGAGGCAAAGCGAAGGGGUCACUACAGGGAAUGGGAGGCAGUGCAGCUGGCCCGAAAGAAACUCCUCGAGGAGGACGAAGACGAGGACGACGAGGGUGAGCCCGACGAGAGCCAGCCCCAAGACGACGAUAACGACGACAGCAACCCUAGUGGCACCCCCCAGAACACAAAGUGUGUGUCCCCCUGUGAUAGUGAAACACAGUCAGAGUUAAAUACCCCUGAAUAGACCUCCCAGUUCUGCCAAACUCCCAAUAAUGCAUUCAAUUUACUUUGAUUCUUCAGCAUAACAAGAAAUGCAGGUGUAAUGCGUAAAGAAAUAGCUGAUAGUGACGUAAUUAACUGAAAGUGGACGCUUCCAUUCGAUAAAUAUCUUCCAUUAAAACUUGAUGCUCGAUUUAUUAGGGGGCAAGUUGUAUAAUGCAACGAAAUUAGACUGAGACAUUUUAAAUUGUGAAGAAUGUUUCUCUUGAUGAAAUCGACAACUAAAUUAACGCAAAUCUAUUUGUAAUAACGAUUGAUUAGUUAGCUGGUACGAUCAUUAUUUAUAUUUAGAUUUUUUUUCUCAUGUGAAUGUUCAUUUGAGUUCAUGGGCUUUUAUUUUCAUUUUUGCAGGACUAUUGUCGAGUAAAUACGUAAAUGAAUAUAUUGUAUACGUAAUGUACCUAGAUUUAGGUGAAAUCAUUGUGAAGAAGUUAUUAACAGAACAGAGCAGAUUAAAACGACUAGAUACUGACGAUAGAGUAAAUUAGGACUAAUAGAUAACGAUGAUAAUUUUAUAAUAAAUUAUUAUGAAAUUGUUAGAUCGGGAUAAGGUAUUUUUUGGAGUUUGAGGGAGUAGAUUAUUACCACAUUCGAUAUUUCGUAUGCACUGUAGGGUAAUUGUAUGUGAUAAAAUGUGAGGAAUUAAGGAUUACUGGUAGAUUGUUCAUUAAUUUUUUGUGGAACAGGGAGUAGCACGUGAUUAAUUAUAGUUAAAUGCUUAUCGAUAUUUUGAGAGAGGAUAUUUUUUGUCAUCUGUCGGUUGUUGGCUAGUUGGAGAUGCUGAUUUGCGAUGUCUGUGUAAUAGAGUCAAUAGGUAGAGGCGGAUUGGUAGGUGGGAAUUAGUGACCUGUUGUACAGUUUGUGUCAAAUUUAUUGAGGAUCAUUGCUUUGUUGAUUUUGUGGGGAUUAUUCUGGUGUGAAGUGGGAAAUGUGACUACUCGAUUUUUUUUCAAUGUUAAAAUAUUCGAUUUAUCUUGAUUUUUUCUUGAUGAGUCAUUUGAGGGAAAAAUAGGUGUGAACUUCUUUUGUUGGAAAUUUCAUUCUUGAAAAGAUUGCUUUUGGAUACUUUUUUCAUGGUCAACAGUUGAGGGGAGAUUUAUAAGGAAAAAACAAAUUUUUUAAUAAAAAAAAUGCUGUAGCACAAAAAUUUCGGACACUGGAUUAAUUGAACGAUAAACAAUUUUGUUGGCACUCAUUCUUUUUUGUAGAUAAAUAACUGAUCACUCACUCCAAAACUCUGUCUCCCCAGACAUUAGGGGUAACGAGAAAGAAAGAAAUUCAAAAAGCAAAAAACAAAUUAUUCAUCAUUGAUAAUUUUUUUCAGGAAUUCUAACUGAUGAGUGUAAGAAAUUAAUCCAUCAAUUAUUGUUUUAAACAAUAAUUUCUCGUUUAACUAGGGUGAAACAAAUUAUUUAUUACAAAAAUUUGACACUGACUAUUAUUUUCAUAUUGAGCACAGAAUUUUUAUUCAUUU